CAUGUGGCGUGUCCGCUCGGGGACGGCCGCGGUUAAAUAGAGUCGGCGCCGGCCUAGAGGGAGCCAGAGAGACGGCAGCGGUCGGCCUCCCCACCUCCGCGGUGCUCCAUCCUCGCUCUCCGCCGCCCGCCCGCACUGCCGCCCGCGCUCAGAUCAGGGAGCAGCAUGGAGGAGGUGGUGAUUGCCGGCAUGUCCGGGAAGCUUCCCGAGUCGGAGAACCUGGAGGAGUUCUGGGCCAACCUCAUCGGCGGUGUGGACAUGGUGACGGAGGACGACAGGCGGUGGAAGGCCGGGCUGUAUGGCCUGCCCCGGCGGUCCGGCAAGCUGAAGGACCUGUCCAAGUUUGACGCCACCUUCUUCGGGGUCCACGCCAAGCAGGCGCACACGAUGGACCCCCAACUGCGCCUGCUGCUGGAGGCCGCCUACGAGGCCAUCGUGGACGGAGGCAUCAACCCGGCCUCGCUCCGAGGGACGCACACGGGCGUCUGGGUGGGCGCGAGCGGCUCCGAGGCCUCCGAGGCGCUGAGCCGGGACCCUGAGACGCUGCUGGGCUACAGCAUGGUGGGCUGCCAGCGGGCCAUGAUGGCUAACCGCCUCUCCUUCUUCUUCGACCUAAAAGGUCCCAGCAUGACGCUGGACACGGCCUGCUCCUCCAGCCUGCAGGCCUUGCACAGCGCCUACCAGGCCAUCAGCAGCGGGGAGUGCCCCAUGGCCCUGGUGGGCGGCAUCAACAUCCUGCUCAAGCCCAACACCUCCGUGCAGUUCAUGAAGCUGGGCAUGCUGAGCCCCGAGGGCACCUGCAAGUCCUUCGACGAGGCCGGGAACGGGUACUGCCGCUCGGAGGCCGUGGUGGCCAUGCUGCUGACCAAGAAGUCCCUGGCCCGGCGGGUGUACGCCACCGUCCUGUGCUCCGGCACCAACACGGACGGCGCCAAGGAGCAAGGCGUGACCUUCCCCUCCGGAGAGGCCCAGGAGCAGCUCAUCCGCUCCGUGUACCUGGGGGCCGGCUUGGCCCCUGAGGACCUGGAGUACAUCGAAGCCCACGGCACGGGCACCAAGGUGGGCGACCCCCAGGAGCUGAACAGCAUCGUCCGAGCCCUGUGUGCCAGCCGCCGGGACCCCCUGCUGGUCGGGUCCACCAAGUCCAACAUGGGGCAUCCGGAGCCCGCCUCGGGGCUGGCGGCGCUGGCCAAGGUGCUGCUGUCCCUGGAGCACGGGCUCUGGGCCCCCAACCUGCACUUCCACACCCCGAACCCCGAGAUCCCCGGGCUGCGGGACGGGCGGCUGCAGGUGGUGGAGCGGCCGCUGCCCGUGCGCGGGGGCGACGUGGCCAUCAACUCCUUCGGCUUUGGCGGCUCCAAUGUGCACGCGGUCCUCAGGCCUAACCGGCGCCCGCCCCCGGCGCCUGCCCCGCACGCUGCCCUGCCCCGCCUGCUGCUGGCCAGCGGGCGCACGCCGGAGGCCGUGCAGGCCCUGCUGCAGCAGGGCCAGCAGCACAGCCAGAACCUGGCCUUCGUGAGCAUGCUCAACGAGAUCGCAGCCACCCCCGUCGCCGCCAUGCCCUUCCGGGGCUGCGCCGUGCUGGGCGGCGGGGAGGGCGGCCAGGAGGUGCAGCAGGUGGCCCCCGGCCAGCGCCCACUCUGGUUCAUCUGCUCCGGGAUGGGCACGCAGUGGCGCGGCAUGGGGCUCAGCCUCAUGCGGCUGCCCGCCUUCCGGGACUCCAUCCUGCGGUCCGACAAGGCCGUGAAGCACCUGGGCCUGCAGGUGUCCGACCUGCUGAUGAGCCCCAAUGAGGCCACCUUCGACGACACCGUCAACGCCUUCGUGAGCCUGACCGCCAUCCAGGUCGCCCUCAUAGACCUGCUGACCGCCAUGGGCCUGAAGCCGGACGGCAUCAUCGGGCACUCGCUGGGCGAGGUGGCCUGCGGCUACGCCGACGGCUGUCUCUCGCAUGAGGAGGCCGUCCUCGCCGCCUACUGGAGGGGCCAGUGCAUCAAGGAGGCCAACAUCCCGCCGGGCGCCAUGGCGGCCGUGGGCCUGUCCUGGGAGGAGUGCAAGCAGCGCUGCCCGCCCAGCGUCGUCCCCGCCUGCCACAACUCCGUGGACACCGUGACCAUCUCUGGGCCUCAGGCCGCCGUGUCGGAGUUCGUGGAGCAGCUGAGGCAGGAGGGUGUGUUCGCCAAGGAGGUGCGGACGGGCGGCUACGCCUUCCACUCGCGCUUCAUGGAGGCCAUCGCCCCCUCGCUGCUGCGGGCGCUCAAGAAGGUGAUCCGGGAGCCGCGGCCCCGCUCCGCCCGCUGGCUCAGCACCUCCAUCCCCGAGGCCGAGUGGCAGGGCAGCCUGGCCCGCACGCUCUCCGCCGAGUACAACGUCAACAACCUGGUGAGCCCCGUGCUGUUCCAGGAGGCGCUGUGGCACGUGCCCGAGGGCGCCGUGGUGCUGGAGAUCGCCCCCCACGGCCUGCUGCAGGCCGUCCUGAAGAGAGGCCUCAAGCCGGGCUGCACCGUCAUCCCCCUGAUGAAGAAGGACCACGAGGACAACCUGCGAUUCUUCCUCAGCAACGCCGGCCGGCUGCACCUGGCGGGCAUCGACAUCAACCCCAACGGCCUGUUCCCGCCCGUGGAGUUCCCGGCCCCCCGAGGGACCCCCCUCAUCUCCCCUCACAUCAAGUGGGACCACAGCCAGACCUGGGACGUGCCAGCCGUGGAGGACUUCCCCAACGGCUCCAACGGCUCCUCCGCCGUCGUCUACAACAUCGACGCCAGCCCCGAGUCCCCCGACCACUACCUGGUGGACCACUGCAUCGACGGCCGCGUCAUCUUCCCGGCCACCGGCUACCUGUGCCUGGUCUGGAGGACGCUGGCGCGCACCCUGGACACAGACAUGGAGCAGCUGCCCGUGGCCUUUGAGGACGUGACGCUGCACCGGGCCACCAUGCUGCCCAAGACCGGGACCGUCCCCCUGGAGGUGCGGCUCCUGGAGGCGUCCCGCGCCUUUGAGGUGUCCCAGAGCGGCAACGUGGUCGCGACCGGGAAGGUGUACCGGUGGGAGGACCCCGACCCCACGCUCUUCAACAACCGAGACGGCCUGGGCCCCGAGGACCCGGCGGACCCCGGGGCGGCGCUGCGCCUGGCCAAGGGGGACGUGUACAAGAUGCUGCGGCUGCGAGGCUACGACUACGGGCCCCACUUCCAGGGCAUCCUGGACGCCAACCUGGAAGGCACCACGGGCCAGCUGCUGUGGAGGGACAACUGGGUGACCUUCCUGGACACGAUGCUGCAGAUGUCCAUCCUGGGCUCCCACCAGCGCGCCCUGUACCUGCCCACCCGCAUCUCCGCCGUGCACAUCGACCCCGUCGCCCACCGGCAGCUGGUGCGCGCGCCGCAGGGUGAGGACCGAGCGGUCGACGUGGUGGUGAACCAGUGCCUGAGCAGCACCGCGGCGGGGGCCGUGCUCAUCUCGCGGCUCCACACCUCGGCGGCCCCACGCAAGCAGGAGCAGCUGGUGCCCACCCUGGAGAAGUUCUGCUUCACGCCCUACGUGGAGGACGGCUGCCUGGCGGACAGCACGGCCCUGCAGAAGCAGCUGCUGCUGUGCAGAGGGCUGGCCCGGGCCCUGCAGACCAAGGCUGCCCAGCAGGGGCUGAAGAUGGCAGUGUCGGGGCUGGACGGGGCCCAGGCCCCCCUGGAGCCCCCGCAGCAGGGCCUGCCCCGGCUGCUGGCGUUGGCUUGCCAGCUGCAGCUGAACGGGAACCCGCAGCAGGAGCUGGGCUGGCUGCUGGCCCAGGAGAGGGCCCAGCUGCACGACGACCCCCUGCUCAGCGGCCUGCUCGACGCCCCGGCGCUCAAGGCCUGCGUGGACAUCGCCCUGGAGAACCUGGCCGGCGUCCGGAUGAAAGUGGUGGAGGUGCUGGCAGGCGACGGCCACCUGUAUUCCCGCAUCCCCGCGCUGCUCAACACCCAGCCCAUGCUGCGGCUGGAGUACACGGCCACUGACCGCCACCGCCAGGCCCUGGAGUCCGCCCAGGCCGAGCUGCAGCAGCAAGACGUGGCCCAGGGCCAGUGGGACCCCGUGCAGCCCGCCCCCAGCAACCUGGGGGACGCCGACCUCCUGGUGUGCAACUGUGCGGUGGCCACCCUGGGGGACCUGGCCGCGGCCCUCGGCAACAUGGCGGCCACCGUCAAGGAGGGGGGCUUCCUGCUGCUGCACACCCUGCUGCGAGGGCACUUCCUCCCGGAGACGGUCGCCUUCCUGACCUGCCCUGAGCCGCAGCCCGGCGGGCGCGGCCUCCUGAGCCAGGGCGAGUGGGAGAGCCUGCUGGCCGGGGCGUCCCUGCACCUUGUGGCUUCCAAGAGGUCCUUCUACGGCUCCGCGCUCUUCCUGUGCCGCCGGCUGGCCCCGCAGGACAGCCCCGUGUUCCUGCCCGUGGAGGCCACCAGCUGCCAGUGGGUGGACUCGCUCAAGAGCGUCCUGGCCAGCGCCUCCUCCCGGCCCGUGUGGCUGACGGCUGUCGGCUGCCCCACCUCGGGCGUCGUGGGCUUGGUCAACUGCCUCCGCAAGGAGCCCGGCGGGCACCGUGUCCGGUGCAUCCUGGUGUCGAACCUCCACCGCAAGUCCCCCGUCCCCAAGAUGGACCCGGGCUCCGCUGAGCUGCAGAGGGUGCUGCGGGGGGACCUCGUCAUGAACGUGCACCGGGACGGGGCCUGGGGCACCUUCCGCCACCUCCCCCUGGAGAGCAAGCAGCCAGAGGAGCAGACGGAGCAUGCCUUCGUGAACGUGCUCACGCGGGGCGACCUCUCCUCCAUCCGCUGGGUCUGCUCCCCGCUGCGCCACGCCCUGGCCCCCAGCCCCGGCAGCCAGCUCUGCACGGUCUACUACGCCUCCCUCAACUUCCGGGACAUCAUGCUGGCCACCGGCAAGCUGUCCCCAGACGCCAUCCCAGGGAACCGGUCCCCCCAGGACUGCAUGCUGGGCAUGGAGUUCUCAGGCAGAGACGCCAGCGGCAGGCGCGUCAUGGGGCUGGUGUCCGCCAAGGGCCUGGCCACCUCCGUCCUGCUGACCCAGGACUUUAUGUGGGACGUGCCGUCCGGCUGGACCCUGGAGGAGGCGGCCUCGGUCCCCGUCGUCUACACCACCGCCUACUACUCGCUGGUGGUGCGCGGGCGCAUCCAGCGCGGCGAGACGGUGCUCAUCCACUCAGGCUCGGGCGGCGUGGGCCAGGCCGCCAUCGCCAUCGCCCUCAGCCUGGGCUGCCGCGUCUUCACCACCGUGGGGUCGGCCGAGAAGCGGGCCUACCUCCAGGCCAGGUUCCCCCAGCUCGAUGACUCCAGCUUCGCAAACUCCAGGGACACCUCCUUCGAGCGGCACGUGCUCCAGCACACGGCCGGGAAGGGUGUGGACCUGGUUCUGAACUCCCUGGCGGAGGAGAAGCUGCAGGCCAGCGUGCGCUGCCUCGCCCAGCACGGCCGCUUCCUGGAAAUCGGCAAAUUCGACCUCUCCAACAACCACCCGCUGGGCAUGGCCGUCUUCCUGAAGAACGUGACCUUCCACGGCAUCCUGCUGGACGCGCUCUUCGAGGGGGCCGCCUCCAGCUGGCGCGAGGUGGCGGCGCUGCUGCGGGCCGGCAUCCGGGACGGCGUGGUGCGGCCCCUCAAGUGCACCGUGUUCCCCAAGUCCCGGGUGGAGGACGCCUUCCGCUACAUGGCGCAGGGCAAGCACAUCGGCAAAGUGGUCGUGCAGGUGCGUGAGGAGGAGCAGGGCGCCCCGCUGCAGGGGCCGCAGCCCGCGCUGACGGCCGCCGUGUCCAAGGUCUUCUUCCCGGCCCACAAGAGCUACGUCAUCACCGGGGGCCUGGGCGGCUUCGGCCUCGAGCUGGCCCACUGGCUUGUGCUGCGAGGGGCCCAGAAGCUCGUGCUGACCUCCCGCUCCGGCGUCCGCACGGGCUACCAGGCCAAGCAGGUCCGCGAGUGGCGGCGCCAGGGCGUGCAGGUGCUGGUCUCCACCAGCGACGCCAGCACCCUGGACGGUGCCCGGAGCCUCAUUGCCGAGGCCGCGCGGCUCGGGCCUGUCGGAGGGGUCUUCAACCUGGCCAUGGUCCUGAGGGACGCCAUGCUGGAGAACCAGACGCCCGAGUCCUUCCAGGAGGUCAACAAGCCCAAGUACAGUGGCACCCUGAACUUGGACAGGGUGACCCGGGAGGCGUGUCCCAAGCUGGACUACUUCGUGGCCUUCUCCUCGGUGAGCUGUGGGCGUGGCAACGCCGGCCAGAGCAACUACGGCUUCGCCAACUCCACCAUGGAGCGCAUCUGCGAGCAGCGCCGGCACGACGGCCUCCCAGGCCUCGCCGUGCAGUGGGGCUCCAUCGGUGACGUGGGCGUGGUCAUGGAGGCCAUGAUGGGCUCCAACGAAUCGGUGAUCGGCGGGACGCGGCCCCAGCGCAUCGCCUCCUGCCUGGAGGUGCUGGAGCUCUUCCUGAGCCAGCCCCACGCCGUCCUGAGCAGCUUCGUGCUGGCCGAGAAGGCCUCGGCCCGCAGCGACAGCGGCGGCCAGCACGACCUGCUGAAGGCUGUGGCCCACAUCCUGGGCAUCCGAGACUUGGCCGCCGUCAACCUGGACAGCUCGCUGGGAGACCUGGGCCUGGACUCGCUCAUGGGCGUGGAGGUGCGCCAGACGCUGGAGCGCGAGCACGACCUCGUGCUGUCCAUGCGGGAGAUCCAGCAGCUCACCCUCCGCAACCUGCAGGAGCUCUCCGCGAAGGCCGGCUCCGCCACAGAGCUGGUGGCCUCCACACCCAAGGAGGACGGCCCCGCCCGGCAGCAGGCCCAGCUGAACCUGAGCAGCCUGCUGGUGAACCCCGAGGACCCCACCUUGACCCGGCUCAACUCCGUGCAGAGCUCGGAGCGGCCCCUGUUCCUGGUGCACCCCAUCGAGGGCUCCACCGCCGUCUUCCACAGCCUGGCCGCCAAGCUCAGCAUCCCCACCUACGGCCUGCAGUGCACCCGAGCUGCGCCCCUGGACAGCAUCCAGAGCCUGGCCGCCUACUACAUCGACUGCAUCAGGCAGGUGCAGCCUGAGGGGCCCUACCGCAUCGCCGGCUACUCCUACGGGGCCUGCGUGGCCUUCGAGAUGUGCUCGCAGCUGCAGGCUCAGCAGGGCCCCACACCCACGCACAACAGCCUCUUCCUGUUCGAUGGCUCGCACAGCUACGUGCUCGCGUACACGCAGAGCUACCGCUCCAAGCUGACGCCUGGCUGCGAGGCGGAGGCCGAGGCGGAGGCCAUGUGCUUCUUCGUGCAGCAGUUCACGGACGCGGAGCACGGCAAGGUGCUGGAGGUGCUGCUGCCCCUCUCGGGCCUCGAGGAGCGCGUGGCGGCCGCCGUGGACCUCAUCACGCAGAGCCACGUGGGCCUGGACCGCCAGGCGCUGACCUUCGCGGUGCGCUCCUUCUACCACAAGCUGCGCGCCGCGGAGAAGUACACGCCCCUCGACACGUACCACGGCAACGUGACGCUGCUGCGCGCCAAGACGGGCGGCGCCAACCGCGAGGACCUGGGUGCCGACUACAACCUGUCGGAGGUGUGCGACGGCAAGGUGUCGGUGCACGUCAUCGAGGGGGACCACCGCACGCUGCUGGAGGGCAGCGGCCUGGAGGCCAUCCUCGGCAUCAUCCACAGCUCCCUGGCCGAGCCUCGUGUCAGCGUGCGGGAGGGUUAGCUCGCCGCCGCCGCCGCGCCGGGCGGUCCUGCCGGUGGGACCCCGGCCUGCACUGCGCUCUGCUGCCCCCAGUGGCCGCUAGAAGUAGAACUGACGCCCGGCCCUCCCUGGGCACCUCCUGCACGGCCACCGUGGGCGCCCCUCCCACGUGGGUGCAGGGCCCACCCCCGCAGCCGACUCGGAGACUCGCCCUGGUCUGUGAAGAGUCGGCCCUGCCGGGCACGCUGCUGCGAGCCCUGCGCUCCACGUGGGGUCUGCGCGGGUCCCUUUGUCGUCUCGGUUUGGGUUCUAUUUAUUGCGUCGCUGGGGAGCCGCCAGGGCGCGGUCCUGGCGCGGCCGGGACGCCUGAGCCUGGACGGCUGUGAUGCAGCGGGACGCGGGCGCCCACUGUCUGUCUGCUCUCUGUUCGUUUUUUCAAGAAACACGAUUCUCAUCGCUGCUCC